AUGAAGCUAGUAUCUGCUGUUUAUCUUCUUUGCAAGCGCACAACCUCACACUCACGCGCUGAGAAGUACCGUCACUAUGUCGCCCAAUGGUUAUGCGGCAUACAAAAGCUCUAUCCCAGCAAGUAUUCCCACCGGACAAACAACCAUGUGGCGUUCCAUAUCUACGACUUCCUAAGGCUUUUUGGACCUGUAUACUUGUGGUGGUGCUUCCCCUUCGAACGUCUCAUCGGACGUCUUCAACGGAUUCCUCACAACGACAAGAUUGGUAAGUUUCACUGCUCCAAUUGGUUUCACCGCGUGUUUACUCACUUCCUCAUCAAUCCUGCAGGCGAGGCAGAAGUUACCAUGCUACAGUCUUUUCUGAGAGCCGCUCGGUUGCGACGCUGGUUGCUUCGUCCUGAUUGUCCCUCUGCACUCCGUGAAGUGAAGCGAUUAUUUCACAAGGCAUUCGGGAGUGGCAGCAUGGAGUCGUCUUCAGAGGUGCAUGGGGACGAUGCUGAAGGGACACCCACUUGCUAUGACAAGAUCCCAGACGACUUGCGACAACUCCUUACUCCGGUUGAAUGCGACAAUGUCACUCUGGUCGCCCGGCAUAGGCACAACAAUGUCAUAUUCGCACGGGCGUCGACCCACGCAGGAAACAGCCUCGUGUGUUUCUACCGUCACAGCAGCGGCGAGCGGGAGUUCGGCAGCAUCAAGUAUAUCUACAAGGUCGGCGUCACCGUCAAGUUUGCAGUACAAUCUCAUCUACCUGCACGCCAUGGCGACCCAUUUCUGGAGUACAAAGACUUCCCUGCCACAACGCGAUCUCAGCAGCUUUCCAGCACGCUUGAAAGUAUAUGCCCAUCUGAUGUUACGGGUCAUUUCGCAAGAUAG